UAUUUUAUUUGGCUAGGGUUUAGGUCUGCGAAGAGGAAGCGUCCUACACACAAUCUCAGCAAUGCUCCGGGGCCGUGAGAGCUUGAUUCGGCUUGUUGGGAAGCGGCAGCGCAAUGUGUCACUCCCGGCUCGGGAAGUGUUGGAGUGCGGUGAUGUUUCGCUGGAAAUAAAAGGAGGCCUGAGCUUAGCUUGUUGUGACUGGGUGGAAUGCCCUGUGUGUGGGAAGCAAAUACGCGGGAAUGAACUUCUCGUCAACUGCCAUCUUGAUACUUGCCUGCAAAGUGGGAAGAAAAAGAAGAACAGUGUCCAGCAUACACUCUUUCACUUCAACUUUUCGAAAAAGAUAGAGUACGAGGAAAGCGGAAACUGCGUACUAGAAAUCCAGCAGUCUCCUCCGCUCGAGACUGGGGUCGACUGUAACACGGCGGCAGGGUCUCCGAAACCGGAAGUUUCUUCUACUCUUGAAUGCUUUGAGGAGCCCGACGUGGCCAACAGCGUCCUUCUGGCAGAGCUCAACAGUGAAACUAGAGAUCUUUACAAUGGCUGCCUGGAGGCAAGGAUUGCUGGCCGCAAGUACCACAGAGACGUCGAGUGCCAAGCUGGGAUGCGAGUUCACCUGGUAAGGGAACCAGAAAAUCCCAUGGAUACAUACGCUGUGAAGGUGCUUACAGCGGAUGGGCUUUCGCUGGGACAUAUUCCAAAAGAGCAUUCGCGUUAUUUUUCUCCUCUCAUGGACAAAGGCGUGGUAGACGUUCAGGGAUAUGUCUCCGAGAGUACAUCUGAAGCUGCACGCCUCAAGCUUGAUUUCCGUGAGAUCCAGAGUCGGACUAUUGGAAGUCUCUCAGAAGAAAAAGUGCUGGCUGUCAAAUGGAGCCGUCUGAUGGAUGCAGCUGACAAGGGACAAGACCACGGCUGUCGAUACCAACAGAAUUUUCUCUACAUGCUCCAAGUGGUAUUGGAACGGGAUCUCCAUCUCUUUACUCCAGACGAGAUCGAACUUCUCGAGGCAUUUCGUUCAAUCUCGUCUGAUGGACAGCGCCUUUUUGUAAGAUUGGCUCAACGAAAGGGGCCAUGGUUCCGUCUUCAGAACAUUUUCUAUGAAGAUAUUGGUGACACAAAGAGACGCUACUUAGUUUUCGACGCGGACGUCAAUUCGUCUGAGUUGCUUGAACAUCUGACUGUACAAGAGCUCAAAGAUUUGGCAGUGAACAGCAAAAUCAUGAUCAAAAGUGCUACGCUAAGUUUGAAAAAGAUUCAGCUUAUUACAGCAAUUCGAGAUGCAUUGAUUUCGCUGCAUUUUAAUCUAACGGCUUUAAUUCGUGAAGCAACCGGCCCAUGCAUUCGAAUAGCCGAAACACUUGAAGUUCUACUUUGGCGUUUACAGAGGCUGUUCUUUCUAAACGGUGAGCAGGAGUUCCAUGUUUUUCUUCUUGUGGAUAUUGGAAGGAUCAAGUAUCCAAGCUAUAGGUGCGCUAGAACAAUGCCAGUCUUUGCUUCUCGAGAGGACUUUCUGGCGUAUGAGCAGGCAUUGCAAUUGGCUCAGGUGGUUGACAUGUCCCUGGAAGCUGGUAAUUCUGAGGCUGUAAACUCCUCUUUUCGAAAAGCAAGGACUACACUCGAAUUGAUCAAUGCACACACCGAGAUCAAGCAUCCAUUUUUAGCACGGUUUUCGGCUGCAUGGGUGCAUGCAACAAUCUGUACUGUGGCUGCAUCGUUUCUGGAGAAAGAACGCAGAUACGCUGAAGCUGUAAACCUCUUGAAGCAGCUCCUUAGCAUGCAGUAUUGUCCUGGACGGAGAGGAUACUGGACUCUCCGGCUAUCUAUUGACUUGGAGCACUUACAGCGUUUAGAAGAGAGCCUGCUCGUUGCAGAAAACGGAUUAAAUGAUUUCAACGUCCGAGGAGGGGAUCGUGUCGCUUUGCAACGGAGGGUUCUCCGACUAGGAAAACCUCCUAGAAGGUGGAAAGUACCUCCAUAUGCAGCGCUUUUAAAGAAAAAACACAAGGUGGUGAGGAUUAUGGGAAGGCCGCUAAACAAUGCCAAUGGAAUGAAGAGCAGAUUUUAUGGCUACGAUGGGCAACAAUGCAGUGUGGAGGACCUGGCACUUCAGUACUAUGCCGGAGAAGAUGGAGGUAUCAGAGCUCAAUGGAAGAACUAUGGGAAAUUGACUUCGGUGGAAGGAGAAGUUGUGGAUGAAGAGGCAAUUCGUGCCUCUGUUGCAGCAGCUCGACAACAGCUUGAUCUUGGGGAACAAGCUGCACUGGAAAAGAAGGAAUCUCGAGCAAAAGGAUUGAUUCUUUCUAAGCUUGCAGAUGCCCUUAUGAUGCAUUUGCAUCAUAAGAGUGCUUGUGAGAUCUGGGCUCAUCUUCACAACAAGUAUGUUGUUCUUUCCCUCUCCAAGAUCAGCAUGGUUGAGAUUUGCAUUCGUGAGACCCGUUUUCAUCCAGGUGAGAACUUUCAAGAGUUCCUCGCCAAGAUGCAAGAUCUGUGGAUGGAGCUUGAAGGCAGUCCAGCGGCAUUCAACGAAAGCAAGAAAAUUCUGGCGCUUUGCGAGGCCAUGCAAGAUUCUUCUUUUAGUUCUUUCAUCCCUACCAUUUGCAUGAUGUCGCUCAACUUUGAACAAGCUGAUCAAACUUUACGCUCGGAGCUGGCUGUGAGAGGUUUGAUUGUGGACUUUGAUCAGAGGCCUUUCCAUGUUUUGAUCUCACAGUCUACAUCAAAUGUUUCUGCAUCAAGCAAUCAGUCAGGGACUGAUUCAGCUCUGUGGGCUGGAAAUCAUCGAGGCAGAGGAGGCCACGGAAGAGGAGGACGAGGCAGAGGUCGCGGGUUUAGGGGAAAUCUACAGCAGCAGCAGAAUUCAGGGAAUUUGGGUAAAGAAGCAGCAGUUUGA